AUGCUCAAAGAUCUUUCUCAUAAAGAACAUUUGGGAAUCAGAGAGGGAAAAAUGGCAGAGGACCCACUUGACUGGAAUGACUACAAGUCCAUGAAAUUCAUUCGUGCGGUGAUAUUUGAGACCUCCAGAUUCGCAACCACCAAAGAAAUGGAACUCAAUGGAAUAAAGGCUUCAUUCACGUUGCCAAAAUGGCUUGCUAAAGUCAAAAUGACAAGACUACCCUUACCCACCUUUUAUAGAUUGAUGAUAGAAAUCUCAAAUAGGGAGAAGUUGAAGUCAGAGAAUUCAGAAAGAAUCAGCAGUGAUUCUUCAUUUUGGAUGAAAUGGUUUUUUAUGGGGAUGGGGUUGACUUUAGGUUUUAAUCCGAUUCCAACCGCCGCAACCUUCAACGUCUUCCUUCUGUGCUCGACGUAUAUACGAUUCCCUGGUUGGAAGGGCAGACACCGAUGCACCACUGGAGAGGGCAAGUUAUUUUUCCUUUUAAGUGACUUGCUACAUUUGCGUCGGUUGAGAAGAAGACUAUCAGAGGUGAAACGAGAAGAUAGGAGGAAACUAAUGGGUGAAAUCAAUCAAUUUAUUAGGUCCCAUUUUCAACCGGAAUCCAAUUUUUUCUUAUUCAGCUGUUUUAUUAGUUUUACUAAGUUUUGA